AUGCAGUGGGGUUCUCUAAGCCACGAAGAAAGAAAGUCCAGACUUGAGAUGUACGUAAACAGUGCCAUGGAUUGCAAGAAAGAUCUCUCAAAGUGUAAACGCAAGGACCGUGAUGAUUCGUCUACCCCGUCGACACCGGUAAUCUCAGUGACUGCCUCUCGGACAGGUAUCUCAACCAUGCCAAUGUCGGUCCUUCAAAUCCUGUUUGAUAAGGCAGACAAACUUGCUAGAACACCAAACAACGUAAUACCAAAACCGGGAGUCUCUGACGGGUCUUAUGUUGUUGCAGGUUAUGGGAACAGAACCCAUAGCGUUACCCCAGGGAAAGGAGGAUCAUUGAAAUGUGACAGAAGUUGCAUAAAUGCUUCCACAGGAAUUUGUGAGCACGUUAUAGCGGUGGCGCAUGUUCGUGGGUCACUGGACGAUUUUGUCCAGUGGUUCAAACGAGCCAAGAAAGGUCCAAAAUUUAUGGACAUGGCUCUCGGUAGCGCACCCCAAAACGCCGGGAAAAAGCCGAGUCGGCGGAAGAGAACCAUCAAAAAAAGGCUCUUGUUAUUGAGGCGGUGGACAUGUUUGCUGACAACGAUAAUGACUUAUCGACUCAAGGAAUGCCCUCCUUGCUCGUCCAGCAGCAGUCAUCAUCCGCAGGUGUUCACCAACCUUCGCCUUCUAUGCCCCUACAACAGCCAUCAAUUUUCAUGCCCUGUCAAAAAAUGUCAUCUGCUGUUCCGUUCCAACAUCAUGUCCCUGCCAGCUCGAUCCGACAAGCGCUACCUUCCGCCCAACAAGUGCCUAAUGUCGUUUGGUCCCAACAAACAGGAGCAACCGUACCUUCACUACCACUGUUGUCUGUUAAUCGAACUUCAGUGGCAUCACCUCAACUAACCUUGCACAGAAAUGAGCAAGGUACCAGUCUUCCUGCUAGUGCUCGCUUAGUACAGCAACAAAGUUUUUUUCCACCUUCCACCGUUCCCAGUCAAGAGAACUUGUUCAAAUUAAAGUGGGUUCCAGGGACCACUGUGUCACGUUGCUAUGGUUGCUGCAGGGAUAUGAAGAACCCUCCCCACUCCAUUCCUGAUGACCUUGUCGUAGUUUACCGAGAUCAUCGGCAAUAUCGUGAAAGAGAAUCAGG